AUGGACGAGCUACCCACCGAGCUCAACUUCAUCACCCUCAACUGCUGGGGCCUGCGGCACCUCAGCCAGCGCCGCUCCGAGCGCCUGACCGCCAUCGGCCGCCAGCUCGCCGCCGCCGAGCCCACCCCGCACAUCGUCGCCCUGCAGGAGGUCUGGACUCAGGAGGACUACCGCAGUAUCCGCCGCGAGACCCGCCUCGUCCUGCCCUUCGGCAAGUACUACCAUAGCGGCACCCUCUUUGGCGGCGGCCUCGCCAUCCUCUCGCGAUGGCCUAUCGAGGAGAGCACCAUGUUCCGCUACCCGCUCAACGGCCGCCCCACCGCCUUCUUCCGCGGCGACUGGUUCGUCGGCAAGGGCGUCGCCUGCGCCCGCAUACGCUACGGCCCCGCCGAAAAGGACGUCGUCGAGGUCUUCAACACUCACACCCACGCCGAGUACGAGCACCCGCCCCGUCGCUCCGACAGCUACCUCGUCCACCGCAUCGCCCAGAACUGGGAGAUGGCCAAGCUCGUGCGCGGCGCCGCCGAGCGCGGUCACCUCGCCGUCGCCCUCGGCGACUUUAACAACGUGCCCCUGUCGCUCUCCUACCGCAUGCUGACCGCCCACGCUCCGGUCCGCGACGUCUGGCGCGUCAUCAACCCGGACUCCUCCCUCGGCGACGUCGACGCCGAGCUCGAGCGCGCCCGCCGCCGGCCCAUCCCCGGCGCCGCCUUCAACGUCGCCGAGAACGGCGUCACCAGCGACAGCGUCUACAACACCUGGGCCUGGUCCGGCGCCGACCAGCGCGCCCUGCGUUCCGGCAAGCGGUCCAUACUCGUCCCGCCCGACACCCCGGACCCGUGCGGGAAGCGCAUCGACUACAUAUUCUUCUCCCCGCAGGUGACCACGACGGUGGAGCCGCCCCCGGCAACCGCGGCGCCCGCCGGUCCGGACAACCGGGCCUCGGGUGGCCAGGGGCCCCGGGACAAGAAUCCGAACGGGUCGGCCGAAGCGGGCACGAGCCGCCGCUUCUCGGGCGAGUACUGCACCCGGGGCUGGGUCGUCAAGGACGCGCGCGUGGGCAUGCUCGCGCGCCACCCGGAGCUCGGGUGCUCGCUGAGCGACCAUUUCUCGGUCGAGGCGACGCUGCGGCUGCACACGUACCGGUCGGCGACGCCGUCGCUGUCGUCGCGGCCGCCGUCGCUCGUGUCGCUCCGGCGGCCGGCCAGGCCCGACGGCGCGGCCGCGGCGGCGUCGGGCGCGCGGCCGAGCGACGACCACGCCGCCUCGCUCCUCGCCCUCGAGGGCACCUACCUCGAGUCCCCCACCACGUCCGAGUUCCGCGCCAGCCCCGGCGGCCGCGGCGGCCGCCUCCCCGGCGACGACGACCUCGGCGCCUCCUUCGACGACCAGCUGCGCGACUGCGCCCUCGGCACCGCCUCGCACUCCUCCACCGCCUUCCUCUUCCCCCCCGCCACCGCCGCCUCCGACGCCGACCCCCGCCAGUCCCACCACUCCGCCCCGCCGCACCACCACAACCACCACCACCAUAACCACCACAACCGCUACCGCGGCGACGGCCUGCCCCGCGCCGUCUACGACGAGGUCCUCGGCCUCGUGCACGCCUACGCCGCCCGCGAGCGGCGCCAGCGUCGCCUGCGCGCCGCCCACUUCGCCGCCUGGGCCGUCGUCCUCGUCGCCUGCUGCGCCGCCGUCUGGCCCGCCUCGGCCCGCGCCCCCUCCUCGGGCGGCCUCGUCGCCUUCCUCCUCCUCCUCCUCGCCGGCCUCGGCUUCGCCGUCGGCGCCCUCGACGGCCUCACGGCCCUCCUCUUCUUCGGCGGCGAGCUCCGCGCCCUCGACGAGUUCGAGUGGGAGAUCAUGAACGCCAAGGCCACCCUCGCCGCCGCCGACGGAGCCGCCGCCGCCACCGCUACUACUACCACCGGCGCCCACCACUCCGACGACACGACUGAGGGCGGGGACUACGAGAAGGGUUGGUAA